AUGCCCGGGGAGGCGGCCCGCGCCGAGCUGCUGCUGCCCGAGGCGGGCGGCCCGGGGGCCCGCACAGAUGGGUCGUGUGGCACGGCCGCGGCCACCACUCCGCGCGGGGACCAGCCGGAGAAGUGCACCCUGAGCCCCGGGCCCAGCCCCCUGGACCUCCCCUUCCUGCUCAGCAAGCCGGGCGCCCGGCCCCCGCCCGAGGGCGCCAGCGGGGAUGUGGGGCCUGGCCAGGCGCUCUCGGCCUGGGUGGUCCCCACGGAGGGGGGCCCCAGGCCCCUCGAGGCCCAGCCUGCCGAGCAGCUUCUCCCAGCUACCUUGGGGGCCCGGGUGGUGAUGGGGGAGGAGACGUGCCAGGCGCCCCCACUGCCCUGGGCGGCCCCCCCACAGCUCAGGGACCCGGAGGGGGGGCCUGCCCGCCUGCACCCCCCCACGCCCUGUUCUCGGGGUGACCCUCCCGUGCCUUUCCCUGCCCCAGACCCCGAUUCCUACUUCACGCCUCCUUCCACCCCCAGCGAGGCCCCGGCCUUGCUCCCCAGCUCCAGGCCCUGCAGGGAAGCCAGGGACUCCCCGGCUGGGGCCGGGCCCAUGGGGGACUCGCCGCCCACCUCACCUUCGGGCUCCUACGUCACAGCGGACACGGACAGCUGGCCCUCCUCCCCGUCCCCCUCCUGCUCCCUGAGCCUGGCCCCCGAGGAGGGGCUGGGGGUGCGCGCGGGCCGUGGCGUCUCCCCACCCGGUUCCGAGGCCCCGGAUCAGGCGUGGCCCUCGUCCCCUGAGUCCAGCCUCUCCACGGACAGCAGCUCCUCCUGGGAGCAGGAGGCCCACUUCCUGGACCUGGACCUCCUGGGCCAGGAUGCGCUGGUCCCCGCCGCCCUCCUGCCGUUCCGGGGCAGCCUGCUCUUCCAGGUGGAGGCGGUGGAGGUGCUGCCCCUGUCCCCCGGGGAGCAGACGCCGCAGCCCGAGGCCGCCGACGGGGACUGGGCCAGCGAGGACCAGGACGACAGCACCUUCGCCUCCUCCCUGCAGUCGCUGUCCGACCUGUCCAUCACCGAGGGCAUGGACGAGGCCUUCGCCUUCCCGGACGACUCCUCCGCCUCCUCGGACCCCGACUCCGCCUCCUUCCCCGGGGCAGAUGACGAGAGGCUGUACAGCGGGGAGCCCCACGCGCAGCCCGCGGGCCUGCCGGACGGCCCUGCGGCCUCCGAGGGAGACCUGGGCACGGCGGUCUCCGGGGCCGGCCCCGCCCCAGGCCCCGUGUCCCCGCAGGAAGCUCCGGGGGUCGCAGAAGAGACCACACAAGAGGAGGGGCCGGGAGCAGAGCCUGUGCCCACGGCCACACCUGCGUCCCCGCAGGAGCAGGCACACGCCAUCCUGGGCCCCCAGCCCAGGGCCCCGAGGGCAGACACAGGCCGGGAGCCGCCUCCGGGAGGAGAGGGCCACCCCUUCCCGCAGGCCCCCGAGCCUGCAGCGGGUCCUCGGAGCCUGCCCACAGACACAGACACGGGCGGCGCCUUGGGGACCUGGCCCGUGGCCCCCGCGGCCCAGGGGGCAGCUGCGGGGAAGGACCCGGCGCCUCCGGACCUGGACCAGACCCACUGGGGUAGCCGGGAGCUCGCUGUAGGCGCGGGGACACCCUGGGCCUCACGCGGAGACGCAGGCCCCCCAGAGCCUGCCUCGGAAACCACCACGGAGGUCCCAGACACACCUGAACCCACCGCAGAGGCUUCCGGCACAGCAAGGAUCCCCGGCCCCCCCACGUCCACCCCAGAGGCCCUGGAGCCCACCGCGAACACCCAAGACCACCUGUACACCCCCACAGCAAUCCUGGGGCCCCCACGCCUCCCCAUGGGAGCCUUGGGCCCACCUGAGCCUACCUCGGACCCUCCAAAGUUUUCCUUAGAGACAUUGGACCCCCCACAGUCUGCCUCGGGGACCCUGGACCCCCCUGAUUCUGCCUUGGAGACCCCCAAGUUUUUCUUGGAGACCCUAGAGCCCCCCAAUUCUGCCUCAGAGACCCCAGACCACCCUGAGUCUUCUUUAGAGACCCUGGAACCCCCCAAUUCUGCCUCGGAGAUCUCAGAUCCCCCUGAUUCUGCCUCGGAGACCCCGGACCCCCCCGAUUCUGCCUCGGAGUCCCCAGAUCGCCCCGAUUCUGCCUCGGAGACCCCGGAUCCCCCCGAUUCUGCCUCGGAGAUCCCGGAUCUCCCAAAGUCUUCCUUAGAGACCCUGGAACCCCCCAAUUCUGCCUUGGACACCCUGGAUCUCCCUGAGGAUGAUUCAGAGACCCCAGCCCCUCCUGAGCCUGCCUUGGAAACCCAGGCCCCCCCAGAGUCUGCCUCGGAGACCCCGGAACCCCUAGAGUCUGCCUCAGAGAUCCCAGACCCCCCAGAGUCUGCCUCCAAGACCCAGGCCACCCCAGAGUCAGCCUCGGAGACCCCGGACCCCCCUGAGAAUGCCUCGGAGACCCCGGACCCCCCUGAGGAUGCCUCGGAGACCCCGGACCCCCCUGAGGAUGCCUCAGAGACCCAGGCCCCCCCAGAGUCAGCCUCGGAGACCCCGGACCCCCCUGAGGAUGCCUCGGAGACCCCAGACCCCCUAGAGUCUGCCUCCGAGACCCAGGACCCCCCUGAGGAUGCCUCGGAGACCCCGGGCCCCCCAGAGUCUGCCUCUGGUGGAGAGGAAGUAGCCAAAGGCCCGUUGGCAACCAACAGGGGGGCCCACCUGCCUGCCAGGGUGGGGGCUGAACCCUGCUGGCCCCCAAAGGAGGCCCCCGGGGCAGGGAGCUGGGGGGACAGAGGCUUUGAGGGCACCCCGGUCCCCAGGGGUCCAUCGGCAGUGGCUUCUGAGUCUCCAUCGAGGGCUGUGCCCAGGGUGGGCAGGGGCUGCCCCGAGGAGCCUGCCCCCAGGUUCUCACCACCCCCCUCCUGGCGGGAGCCGGUGCGAGGCCUGGGGGGUGAGGAGCAGGCCCAGGCGGUCCCCGGAACCCCCAGCCCCUCGUCACUCCAGCCCCAGGACAGACAUCUAAGUCCUGAGCCCUCCGUGCCCAGGGUGCCUCCCGCAGCACCCCCUGUGCCCUGCCCCUGCCAGGGUCCGCGGGAGGCCGAGGGGGAGGGGGAGGCCCCCCCAGCGCCCCAGGCAGGAGCCCCACAGGCCGCCGCCUUCUCAGGAACCAGGAGCCACCCCCGCGAGUCCAGGCAGCCGGCUGGCCUCCCGCCGCCCCCCGCCCUCCUCAGUCCCAAGGUGACCCCCACGCGGGGCCCCCACGCCAAAGACCCAGCCUCGCGGCCCCCACCCCCCUGCCAAGUGCCUCUGGGCUUCGGGCCCCAGGCCCCGGCCAGCCCUCCAGGGCCCCCAGCCACCCAGCAGCUGGACGAGGACAGCCUGGAGGAAGAGCCGCUCCCGGCUGCCGGCAGCCGCUCCGACAGCCACGGGGAGUCGUCGGGGGAGCCGGAGGAGGACCUGCCGGGACCCCAUGCCCCUCAGGGCCCAGCCCAGGCUGCAGCCCGGGGCUCCGAGGAGUCGGCAGCCAAGGCCAAGCAGAGCCGCAGCGAGAAGAAAGCGAGGAAGGCCAUGUCCAAGCUGGGCCUGCGGCAGGUGCAGGGCGUCACCCGCAUCACCAUCCACAAGUCCAAGAACAUCCUCUUCGUCAUCGCCAAGCCCGACGUGUUCAAGAGCCCGGCCUCGGACACCUACGUGGUCUUCGGGGAGGCCAAGAUCGAGGACCUGUCCCAGCAAGUGCACAGAGCUGCCGCCGAGAAGUUCAAGGUGCCGGCGGAGCCCUCCACCCUCGUCCCGGAGUCUACGCCGGGGCCCCGGGUGCAGCUGGAGUCGGAGUCAGAGUCAGAGGGCGAGGAGGAGGAGGUGGACGAGGCGGGCCUGGAGCUGCGGGACAUUGAGCUGGUGAUGGCCCAGGCCAACGUGUCCCGGGCCAAGGCCGUGCGGGCACUGAGGGACAACCAGAGUGACAUCGUCAACGCCAUCAUGGAGCUGACCAUGUAG